AUGCCGCAGGACGCCCCAGAAGACGUCUACCGCAUCUCCGUGACCAUGGUCAGGAGGACCAGCUGGCUGCGCCGGGCCCCGGCGGCCCCGACCCGCGCCCGCUCGGAGGCCCAGCCCGCGCGCUCCCCGGACUGCCGCCAGACGGCUGGUGGAGGAGACCGAGGGAGGAGGCGGCGGCGGGCGCUGAGGACCGAGGAACCCCCCCGGCCGUGGAGGGCCAGCCGCGCCCAGCCCCGACGUGGAGGAUCGAACCGCGCCCAGACCUCAGCUUCAGGCACUGGGCAGACCCGAGGCGCCGCCGGAGUCGGGCCUUCGGGCCGCGGGAGGCACCACAGCAGCCUCCGGGAGCCUGGUGGCGGGCGCCGGGCGGCGAGGGCCGCCAGCCGACCCAGGGCCGCCCCGGAGCCCGCGGAGGCCCCCGCGCCGCCGGCCUCGGAGAAGCGCAACACCCUGGACGUGGGCGAGGUGCUCAGCAAGAACGACGCGCUCUCGGACCUGGAGCAUGGGAGCCUGAGCAAGAGCAGAACCACACGCUUCAGCAGCGACCAGCCUGCGGCAACUGGAGCGCGCGCGGCAGCCGCCAGCGGCAUCUUCGCGCGCAGGGAUGGCGGCGCGCCCGGCGGUCCCUCUCCCCGGAGCGGCGCCUCGCGGUCCCGCGGCUACUUCAGCCUGCGCAGGGCCCCAGCCGACGCGCACUCGUCCAGCGCCGAGAGCAUCGACGGGUCCCCGCGCAGAGGUGGGCAGCGCGGCCGGGGAGGUGAGGGCAGUGGUGGGAACUGGCCUGGUUCCGCAGCGGCCUGCUCAGAGGACGCUGGGACUCGGGAGCGGCUAAGGGAGCCGCCGUCUCUGGCCGCCAGCCGGCGGGUGGCCACGCCGGGGUCUGUGUCCUCCUGGGGAGAGAGCACCUCGCCAGGCGGUGUGUUUCUAGGGCAGGCGCUGGCACCGCCUUCUUUAAGCGGGGCCAUGAGCUCCGUGGGCUCCCUGGCUGUGGUACCUGUGGGCUGCCUGGGACUUGGCCUGGAAGCAGCCGCACAGGUGGUGCGCCCGGCCUCCGGCAGCCGCAUUCCUCUUGAUGCCUUUGUGAAUAGCCAGGAAUGGACAUUGAGUCGAUCUGUCCCGGAGCUCAAAGUGGGAAUCGUGGGUAACCUGGCCAGCGGAAAGUCGGCCCUGGUGCACCGGUAUCUGACCGGCACAUACGUCCAGGAGGAGUCUCCCGAAGGUGGCAGAUUCAAGAAAGAAAUCGUUGUUGACGGACAGAGCUAUCUGCUGCUGAUUAGAGAUGAAGGGGGCCCCCCAGAGGCACAGUUUGCCAUGUGGGUGGACGCUGUUAUAUUUGUCUUCAGCUUAGAGGAUGAGAUCAGCUUCCAGACUGUUUACCACUACUACAGUCGGAUGGCCACCUACCGGAACACGAGCGAGAUCCCUCUGGUUCUCGUGGGGACCCAGGAUGCCAUAAGUUCCACGAACCCGCGGGUCAUCGACGACGCUAGGGCGCGGAAGCUGUCCAGCGACCUGAAGAGGUGCACGUACUACGAGACGUGCGCCACGUACGGGCUGAACGUGGAGCGCGUCUUCCAGGACGUUGCCCAGAAGAUUGUGGCCACAAGGAAGAAGCAGCAGCUGUCCAUAGGGCCCUGCAAGUCGCUGCCCAACUCCCCAAGCCACUCGUCUGUCUGUUCCGCACAGGUGUCCGCCGUGCACAUAAGCCAGACGAGUAACGGAGGCGGGAGCUUAAGCGACUAUUCCUCCUCCGUCCCGUCGACGCCGAGCACCAGCCAGAAGGAGCUUCGAAUCGACGUCCCUCCCACGGCCAACACGCCCACACCCGUCCGGAAGCAGUCCAAGCGCCGGUCCAACCUUUUCACCUCUCGGAAAGGGAGUGACCCAGACAAAGAGAAGAAAGGCCUGGAGGGCCGAGCAGACAGCAUCGGGAGCGGUCGAGCCAUCCCAAUUAAACAGGGCAUGCUGCUGAAGCGAAGCGGCAAAUCUUUGAACAAGGAGUGGAAGAAGAAAUACGUCACCCUGUGUGACAACGGCGUGCUGACCUAUCACCCAAGUUUACAUGAUUACAUGCAGAAUGUUCAUGGUAAAGAGAUUGAUCUUCUGAGAACCACUGUGAAAGUCCCAGGGAAGAGGCCACCCCGAGCCACGUCGGCCUGUGCGCCCAUCUCCAGCCCUAAAACCAAUGGCCUGUCCAAGGACAUGAGCAGUUUACACAUCUCCCCAAAUUCAGGGAAUGUCACUAGUGCGUCUGGGUCUCAGAUGGCAAGCGGCAUCAGCCUGGGCUCCUUCAGCAGCCGGCCGGACAGCAUGCAGCAACGCUCCUACUCUGUCUCCAGUGCCGACCAGUGGAGUGAGGCUACGGUCAUUGCAAACUCGGCCAUCAGCAGUGACACGGGGCUGGGCGACUCCGUGUGCUCCAGCCCAAGUAUCUCCAGCACCACCAGCCCCAAGCUCGACCCGCCCCCCUCCCCUCACGCCAACAGAAAGAAACACCGAAGGAAGAAAAGUACCAGCAACUUCAAGGCCGAUGGUCUCUCCAGCACUGCUGAAGAACAAGAAGAAAACUUUGAGUUUAUCAUCGUGUCCCUCACUGGCCAGACGUGGCACUUUGAAGCCACCACUUAUGAAGAGCGAGAUGCGUGGGUCCAGGCCAUCGAGAGCCAGAUCCUAGCGAGCUUACAGUCCUGUGAGAGCAGCAAGAAUAAGUCCCGACUGACGAGCCAGAGUGAGGCCAUGGCCUUGCAGUCGAUACGAAACAUCCGAGGGAACUCCCACUGUGUGGACUGCGAGACCCAGAAUCCUAACUGGGCCAGUUUGAACCUGGGAGCCCUCAUGUGCAUCGAGUGCUCGGGGAUCCACCGGAACCUAGGCACCCACCUUUCUCGAGUCCGGUCUCUGGACCUCGACGACUGGCCCAUCGAGCUCAUCAAGGUGAUGUCAUCCAUCGGGAAUGAGUUGGCCAACAGCGUCUGGGAGGAGAGUAGCCAGGGGCGGACGAAGCCCUCGCUGGACUCCACAAGGGAAGAGAAGGAGCGGUGGAUCCGGGCCAAGUACGAACAGAAGCUCUUCCUGGCCCCGCUGCCCUGCACGGAGCUGUCCCUGGGCCAGCACCUGCUGCGGGCCACCGCCGACGAGGACCUGCGGGCCGUCAUCCUGCUGCUGGCUCACGGCUCCCGGGACGAGGUGAACGAGACGUGUGGAGAGGGGGACGGCCGCACCGCGCUGCACCUGGCAUGCCGGAAGGGGAACGUGGUCCUGGCGCAGCUCCUGAUCUGGCCAUCGCGCAUCCCCACCGAAGGGCGACAGAAGGCAGCCUGCCGAAAGGUGCCCCGCGGGGGCGGAUGGUGGUGCUUACCCAUAGUAGGACCUGGAUAG